GGGAAAAGCGAGAGUGCCACACUACUCAACAUUGCACUGCAACGAGGCUACACAGUCGAGUCCACGACGCUUUGCGAUCUCCACCGACAUCAAGGAGCAAAUAUUUUUAACAAUCAAGUGUUCAGAAGAGCAACUUUUUAUUAACAGCGACCAAUGCACUUGUGAAAUAUGACCUCCUUUUGGAGCCAUCAGACAUUGUAACCAAUGGCAACAGUCCAGGCUCUGUCCUUGACCCGUGAUCCCAGCAAGAGCUUCGGCGGUGACCUCUACUCCGCCCUUCCCCUGGCCUCAGCCCGUUGCAUCAUGGGAAGUGUAGGCAGCCUGAUCGAGAGGCCCGACGUCUCCCCGACCAAGGGCAACCGGGCGAUGCCCCAGGCGCCCGCGCGCCACAGCAACGGCCUGCUGAAGAAAGGCUUCAACCAGCGGGAGCUGCUCAACUACCUGAACAUCGCCAAGAAGGAGCCGAAGGGAGGCAAGCACAUCAUCUCCUCCGGGGUGUCCUCCAUUAAGAGGGAGCACGGCCGCGAGGAGGAGAACCUCUACGCCAAAGUCUACCACAAGGGCGGCAAGGAGGUGGACGUCAGCAAAAACUCCCUGCCCAUGGGGGGCAAGUUUGACAAGUCUCGCCUGCGUCCGUCCGCCUUCAAGCCGGUCACGCCCAAGAACUUCAGCUCCAUGCAGAACCUCUACCCGGCGCAGGACGCUUCGGACGCGCCGGCGCCCAGCAACGGCAUGCGCCCGUCCUACAUCACGGCGGCGACGUCCAAGUCGUUGUCCAGCGCGACCUCGUCCUCGUCCUCCUCGUCGCCCUCGCGUCACCACGGCAACGGCAGGCCCCCUGCAGCAGCAGCAGCAGCAGCAGAAGAGGAGGAGGAGAACGCGUCCGACUCUGGCCACCACUCGCUCAGCAGCCUGCUGGCCCCAUACCGCCCGGCGGCCUUCCGCCCGCACCUGGGCCACAUCAGCGUCUCCAUGGGCCACAUCGACCACAUCGGCUCGCUGGACCGCCACUCGGCCGCCGGCUCCCGGGGCGCGCUCUCCUCCGCCACCACCGAGGCCUCGUUUCCGCUGCCGCCGCCGGGCUCGGGGGGCGCGGCCGCCACGCUGGGCCGUCUCCGCGGAUACGGGAGUGAAGCGCCGCCCCCCUACGAGCUGUCCAUGUCCAUGGAGGACGUGGUGCGGGACCUGGAGGAGAGGCUCAUCGAGAAGGACCACGAGCUCAGGCAGAUGCGCCGCAACCUGGACGAAAGCGAAGACGCCAUCGCACAGGUGUUCGAGGAGAAGCAGCGCCUUUGGGAGCGCGAGGUGGAGGAGCUCAAGCGGCUGUACGCCGCCAAGCUGCGGCAGGUCUCCCAGCAUGCCCAGCGCGCCCAGCGUGGCCUCCAGCUGCAGCUCUACAAGGCCCAGCAGGAGCGCGGACGCCUGCAGCAGGAGGCCGACGCACUCCGCACCGAGUGCCAGAGCCUCCGCAGGACAGAAGGAGGAGGUGGAGGAGGAGGUGGAGGAGGAGGAGGAGGAGGAGCGCAGGAAACCAACCCUCAGCUGGAGGAGACGCAGUGGGAGGUGUGCCAGAAGUCAGGUGAGAUCUCCCUGCUGAAGCAGCAGCUGCGCGACUCGCAGGGGGAGGUGGCCCGCAAGCUCAGCGAGAUCUUCCAGCUCAAGACGGAGUUGCGGCAGGUCCGCACCGACGCGCGCAACAAAGACGGCCAGGUGGAGGCGCUGCAGCUCGCCCUGCAGACCGCCCUUGCCCUGCCCAACCGCCCGUCGCCGGGCGUAACGCCAAUCUGCCAACCGCCCGACCACCGAGGCAACUCGGAGGAGACGCCGGGGUCAUCGGGGUCAUCAGGGUCCGGCGCCACAGAGGACCGCCUUCGGGCAGAGCUUCUGCUGGAGAGGCGACAGAACGAGGCGCAGGCGACGGCCUUCGAGGCGGAGCGGCACACCUGGCAGACGGAGAAGGAGAAGGUGAUCCGCUACCAGCGCGAGCUCCAGGCCAGCUACCUGGAGAUGUACCACAAGAGCGAGGCCCUGGAGAGGGAGCUGCGCGAGCUCAGGGGGGGCCAGGGGGCCAGUGGAGGGGGUGGUGGGGGUGGUGGGAGCUUAGACAGGCGCAUGGGUGACAUGGGCAGAGAUCUGAUAGAGGAGGACGAGCCGCCUUCUGGUUUGCCUUGGAUCGAAAGGAUCGAGUCGUCCGAGAUUUGA